CGUUCUGUGGGCUGUGUCGUGUGUUUCAUUCAUUCCGAGUUACCUAACCAUUCGCUUCGCCGGUGGUGUUGCUGGCUAGAAUCAUACUGUUCAGAUGUUGUGAAAUUCGCGCUCGCAAUUUCAGUAUUUUAGUUGAAAGUAUUUCCUCAUUGUAAGUUCGAAAAAGUGAUCGGAAAAUGUCCCGCGGUCAAGAUAUUUUGGCGCUGCUGCGUGCCCUCAAAAUGGUAGCGGAAGCGUCCGCGAAAAUGCAAAGCGACUGCGCUCGGCACCUGUGGGCCAACUCCAGCGUCCGGGAGCUGCUCGAGCAGCAGCUCAAGCAGAGCGAGGAUACGGUAAAGAAGAUUCUUCAGAAUCCCAACGCGGAGCUGGAAAAAGCCGGAGGAUUGCUGAAGGAGACCCUGGAACGGUCCGCAGUGGUGGCGGAAGGACUGAAACAGCUGGCUGCAAUUUCGUUGCCGAAGGUGACGGGACCCGGUGGCAUUGGUGGGGCGAUGGGGCCAAUGGGAUUCGCAAGUGGAUUUAGUCAACAGGCUCGCCAAACAGGCCAGCCGGCGGAAGCGGGACGGACAUCGGAUAUAGGCAAUCUAGACAUAUCCCAAAUUACCCUCAAAGAACUGGAAGCAAUUCUUUCGGAGCAUAGUAAAAACCGUCAAGUGAAUCUAUCUCUCGAUGGAGAUAAGCGCACACCCUCGGUACCGAAAAAGGUUCAGGACUUGGCCGAUCCACCUUCACCCCCGCCGCAAACAGCACCCGAAACCAUCAAACUACCACCAGCCGUAACCAAAGACGAAGAGCAGGUGUCCAAAAUGAUCAACUUUGUUGCUUCGUACAAGCCAAACGUGUCUAAUGAGCCUAUAGCCCCUCCCACGCCCAUAGACCUACCUCAGCUGAGCACGGUGGCCAAGCAGCGGAAAGUUCCGUCAUCCCGUGUGGCCCGCCUCGCCUCCUUCGGAGGUCUUUUCGCCGGUCUUGGUCUCGGCACCGUGAGCGAACUCACCAAAGGGGCACUGGGGCUGGGAGGUACCACCGAUCCCAAGGAGGCACUAUUCAGUCCCAGCAACGCCGAGCGGAUUGUGGACACACUGUGCAAGGUGCGCGGAGCAGCUCUCAAACUCGGCCAGAUUCUCAGUAUUCAGGACUCGAACGUGGUCUCCCCGCAGCUGGUGAACGCUUUUGAACGGGUUCGUCAGGCCGCAGAUUACAUGCCCGAUUGGCAGGUGGAGCGGCAGAUGGUUAGCGAACUGGGUGACGAUUGGAGAACGAAGCUGGCCUCUUUCGAUCAGAAACCGUUUGCGGCGGCAUCCAUCGGGCAGGUGCACAGAGGAGUGCUACACGAUGGGACCGAAGUGGCCAUCAAGGUCCAGUAUCCGGGAGUGGCCAAGAGUAUCGAGAGCGAUAUCGACAAUUUGGUUUCGAUGCUGAAGGUUUGGGACGUAUUUCCGAAGGGGAUUUUCAUCGAUAAUGUGGUGGCGGUGGCGAAGCGCGAACUCGCCUGGGAGGUGGAUUACGUGAGGGAAGCCGAAUAUACGGAACGGUUUGGUGAGAUGAUCCAGCACAUGCCGGAGUUUCGAGUGCCCAAGGUGAUCAAGAGUUUGACGUCGAAGAAUGUGCUGACGACCGAGCUGGUGCCAGGCGUUCCGAUGGAUAAGUGUUUCAGUAUGAGCCAAGACCACCGCAAUCACAUUGCACGGUCCGUGAUGAAACUGUGUUUGAACGAGCUGUUCACCUUCCGUUGCAUGCAGACGGAUCCCAAUUGGUCGAAUUUCCUGUACGAUGCCGACAGCAGGCAGAUCAUGCUGAUCGAUUUCGGCGCUACGCGGUUCUAUCCGAAGCCUUUCAUGGAUAACUAUAUGAAGGUAAUCGAAGCCGCUACAAGGAACGAUCGCAAACGGAUUCUGGAACUAUCGCGUCAAAUGGGUUUCCUGACCGGGUACGAAACGCCCACCAUGGAAAAUGCCCACAUCGAUGCCGUCCUCAUUCUGGGCGAAGUAUUCAGUGUUGACGGGGAGUUCGAAUUCGGGCGGCAAAGUACAACCAAGAAAAUUGCAGCUCUGGUUCCGGUGAUGGUGGCACACCGGUUGUGUCCACCACCGGAAGAAAUCUACUCGCUGCACCGGAAGUUGUCCGGUGUGUUCCUGUUGUGCGCUAGACUUAAUGCCAAAGUCGAUUGCAAGCCUUUGUUUCAAGAAGUGCAGCAAAACUAUACGUUUGGAUAAGUUAAAUGUGUAAUAUACGUUCAUUAUAUGAUUUGAUUCAGUUAAUUUUCGUGAACCCAAA